AUGCAAAUGAUGCUUUUCAAUUUUUACCGAAACCGACAUCCAGACGUGAGUUUUUCAUUUUUUUUUUCCUUUUUUGAAAUUCUUUUUGCUCUCUUUUGAAACAUAUAAUUUUUAAUUGGCUCUAUUGAAUAAUUCACCUGCAAAAACGAUUCAAAAUUCAACCGGAACAAAAAAAAACAAGGAGAAGAAAAGGCAUACAUAAAAAAGUAUUGUUGAAAAUAAAUUUGAGAAGAUCCGAUCUUUUUUGUUUUAUUUUUAUUUUUUUUUUGCUAGGCUGAGAGUAAGCAAACCCUAUUUAUUUUUCAUGUUUUUUUCUAUCUGCAAAAUCUUGAAGAAAAAAAAUAAAAAAGUUUGUCGGCGGGUGGGGUCGAACCCUGGUCUUGCAAAAGCUCGGCAGGCGUGCAUACCACUCGGCCACACGGCUGGUUUUCUUCGCAAUAGAAAUUUUCAUAUUUAAACAGCGCGCUUGGAUAGUGAAUUUCAGCAAUUUUUGAAAAACAAACCCUUGCCAUGAAAAAAAUGGUAAAAUAACCUACUUCAAAGAAUUGAUCUUUUUUGUCUGAAAGUUUAUGAUUCCCCAGAGACUUCGAGAUCAAAAAGCAGCAUUUUGAAUUCGACAAAAUUGGUCUGCCGCUUGUUUUUUAGCUCAUAAAAAUCUGAAUAUCAUUUUUUUUUGCUCUGCAGCUCGUUUUCUUGAUUUUCAAGCGGUUUUUUGUGUUGUCUUCCCUUUUUUUCUGAUUUUUUUGUUGGAAAAGCGGAAGCUAUGAUUUCAUGAAAUUUAAAAAUUUUAUUUUUUCUGAAUUUGAAGCUGGAAAAUCAAAUAGACCGGAAAAAUUUCAAGGAAAUAAAAAUUUUGAACUUUUUUUAAAAAACAAUUUUUCGGAUAUAAAAAUUGAACAUUCUCGAAGUGAUCCAAUUUUUUUUGGAAACUGAAAAAUGAUUUUUUUCUGAAUUUUUGAAUUUCCCUCUGAAAUUUUAAAAUUUGUUUCAGAAUUUUCUGACCUUCCUGAACUUCAAUUUGAUCUUCUGAAUCUAAUUUUUUCAAUACUACUAAUUUUAAAAUUUUCAGAAUUUUUUGACUAAUUUUAAAAUUUUCUGAAUUUAUUGACUAAUUUUAAAAUUUUCAGAAUUUCUUUACUAAUUUUGAAAUUUUCAGAAUUUUCUGACUAAUUUUAAAAUUUUCAGAAUUUAUUGACUGAUUUUUAAAUUUUCACAAUUUUUUUGACUUCUACUUCUAAUUUACCAAUUCAAUUUCACAAAAAAAAUUACCAAAUCUCCAAGUAUCCAAUAAAAAGAGCACAGUUCAUUUCGGAGCAAAAAAUCAAAUAAAUUUCCUCACACUACUAAUUGACUGGACUUUCGUCACAAGAAGAAAAAGAAGAGAAAGACAAAAAAAAUAAAAUAAAAUCAGUUACUUUUUGGUCUUUUCUUCUUCCCCAUUUUUUCUGCUUCCAGGAGACAAUAUAAUUCAAUUCAAUAUUCUUCUUCUCCUUUUUUCUUCCACUUCUUCCCUGUUUAGAAUCUCAAUUAGGUACUCGUUUUUUUAGAACAAUACACAGUCUUCUGCACUUCUUCUUCUUCUCUUUCAUUUUUUAUUCAAAAUAGAACAAGAAAUGGAUUCUUCUUCUUCUUCUCUUCUAGAAGAACAAAUUUUUCUUUAUACAUAAUAUUUAUAUAUAUCACAUUUUUCCUCUUCUUGUCCCCGUUUUUAAUUAUUUUUUUCGUGUGUGUUGUGGGUGUCUCGUCAUUUUUUGUUCAUUUUUUCUCGACUGACUUGACUGACCUACAGUAUACCCUUCCUGCACUUUUUUUCUAUUUAGAAGAAGCUUGAAGAUAUUUGUCUAGAAAUUUCUAAAUUUAUCUGAAUUUUGGGAUAAAUUUAAGAUAAGUCUGAAAAUCAGAACUAAAAGAAGUUUUUUUAGAGUCGGGAAAAAGCGCCUGAAAAUUGUGAAUCUGAAAAAAAUUAUUUUUUUUUCAAAAAAUAAAGCAUUUGGUCUAGAAAAUCCUAAAUUUCCUAUUUAUCAUAGAAAAUUUUUGUCUGAAAAUCAGAAAUCUGAAAUUCAUUUUUUUAAUGCAAAUUUGUGGAUCAAUUUCCUGAACUUUUGAAAAAUUUCAGUUCUGAAAAAAUCUGGAACUUGACUCACAGAUUUGGAGUCGGGAAAAAAUGCGCCUGAAAUUUGUGAAUCUGAAAAUUCGAUUUUUCUUUUCCUGAUAAAAAUCCUGUUUUUUUUUGUACACUACAAAUUUUUGUCUGAAAACUUUCCAAAAAUUUUCUGAAACUUCGCCUAACUUGGCCUCAAAUCCCCAACUUCCAAAAAUUCCAAAAAAGUUUCCCCGAGCAACAAAAAUCGAGCUUUUUUCAUUCCGAAUUUUGAACUUUUUGCGGCGACCUUUGUACAAAUCACACUUCCUGUCUUUUACAUUGUGCUCCAAAAUUCUUUCAUGCUCAAAGAGUUCAAAAAUGUACCCUUCUUAUUAUGUUUUUUUUUGAAGAAAAUAUUUUCCCAAUAAUCUUCUUUCAAUAUUUUUUUUCGAAAACAAAAAACAAACAACCGAUUUCAUUUCAAUUUCUGGUCUCAAAAGAGAAUUUCACCCAAAAUUAUUUUUUCUUAAAAAAAUUUGUGCCUCAAAAAUCCCUCUCAAACUUAGUUUUGAAACCAAUUAUUUCAGAAAACCAAUUACUUUUUUCUUUUUCUUCAACCAAGAAGUAAAAACUCUUUCAGCUUCUCAUUUUUCUUGUGCUUUUACUACUGAAAAAAACGGUUUUUGUAGUCAGCUUUAAAACUACAAUUUUAUUUCAUUUUAUUUUUUUUAUACAUGCACGAUCCUAGGAAAAAGGAAUACUUACUUGAACUUUGCUCAAAUGUUCAACUACCUGGAAACAUUUUGUGGCAUUUUCUUUUCCUCAUGAUUAAAAAACAGCUGAAAUUUUUUAUGGCAAAAUGUUUUAAGUCUGCCUUACUAAAAAAUCAAACCACAAUUUCAUUUUUUUUUUUUUUUGUAGAACUUAGAUUCAGUUAAUUAGCACCUAGAAUUUCUCUCAAUUCUCAGAAAACAUCAUAAAAUUGAUGUCACCUGUUUCAAAUUGGAUUUUUCCCCCAAAUGUUGUUCUAACAUAAGUUUCCAAAGUUUCAAAGCCACUUGAUGUUUGAUUGUUUUUUGCUUCUUCAACGCGGGGUUUCUUCGAUAUCAACGAGCGAAAAAACAUUGGAUUUAGUGAAAAUCUGAUUAUGUAUUUUUUUGAUUUGAUCAUAUUCCGCUGAACAAACAUUUUUGCUUUCUCGGUAUCAUUUUUUGUAAAAAAAAACAAUAAAAAUAAAAAAUCUCUCCCCGGCCGGGAAUUGAACCCGGGUCUCGCAUGUGACAGACGCGGAUACUCACCACUAUACUACCGAGGACACAUUUUCCCGCAAACGAAAUUUGCGAUAUAUUUUUCCCCCCAAUUUUUUCUAUUGAGUGCUCAAAAGUUCAACAAAAAGUGGGCGGAGCCCAAAUUACCCCCGCCCCGUAUUUUAUUCAGAUUUAUUUCUCAACCGAGAAAAUUACUUACUAGUGCAAAAUGUUUCAGAUGACUGAAAUAAAUGGAACUUGUGAAGAAGAAUCACCUCAGGCUGAUGCGUUUCGGAUGAUUUUAAUUGUGGGAGUUGGAACGGCAGUUUGUAUUAUUGGUAAGGCUCGGGGGGAAAAUAUUGAUUUUUUUUUGGAAACAAAAUGGGUCUCACAACGAUGUUUGUUACCGCGAAAAUUUUUAAAUUUAAAAUUUUUUUUAAAUUCCAGGUAUAUUUCUAAACGCUUUUCUCCUUCUCUCACUUCGAAAACUACCAUUUCUAAAUUCAAAUCUUCUAUAUUUAUUCCUUCUUGCCUGCCUUGAUAUUUUGGUCGAAUUAUGUUUUAUGGUAAGUGAAGUGAGAAGACUUUGAUGCCUUAUUAAUUGGACAUUUGGGACCUUCUUUUUUUUUCUUCCAGCUAAUUUUCCCCGCCUCAUUGGUGUAUGAUUAUUAUAAAGUUGAGAGAUUAUAUAUUAUGUGGCAUUAUUAUAUCAAAUAUGUGUCGACUGUUGGGCAGGUUGGUUUUAUUUUGAGGCAAGAAAAAUGCCACCCAUUAAUCCAAGUCAAAAUGAAAAAUGUUCAAAAAAUACGACAGAAAUCCAAUCUUUUGUGUUCACUUGACCUUUUAGUGAGGGAUGAAAUUGAAAUUGACUGCGUUGAAUUGAGAAAAGCUGAAAGUACAAAGUGCAAAUAAAUAAACUAAGGAUUCAGGGAAAUCCCGUGUUUUGUAAUGUGAUGCGGCGCGUCUCGUGAUGCGUCUUUCGCGGGCUCGAAAUUCAUUGACAGUCGCGUGCGGCUGUGCGUCGCGGUCGGGAAACAUAGGAAAAAAUCAAUUAUUGAUUGUUUUCCGACCGCGACGCACAGCCGCACGCGACUGACGAAAUAAUGUUUUUUUAUUUUUACGACAGCCACAUUUUUCAAUUUUAAGAUCGUGUCAGGUCUCAAAAAAUGCAGGAAUCUUCUGUUAAUUGUGACUAUUUUCAGGUUCUGAUCGCUGCAUCGACAUUGUUGAUCGUGGCUGCGUCGUUCGAAAGAUAUAUCUGCUCAAUAAAAUCAUCGAUGCAGUUCACAUCGCAAAGAAGAUUUUUGUGCAUUUUGGGAGUUGCUGCGUGCGCUCUCUUUAUGAAGGUUUGUUAUACUUCUUUUGGGAUACAUGAAAGCUCCCAUAACUUUUUUAUUUAAAAAUUUUGUAGCCCCCCCCCUUGAAAGCGGUCAGAAAUCUAUUUUGGUUUUCCUCGAAGCUAAGUGUUAAAAAUACCAAAUUCAUGAAAAUUAAUACGAGCUGACAAGAGAAAAUCCUCAAAAUUUUAAAUUGCCUCCAAGGCUUCGUGUGUGCAAACACUGUGACGCACUUUUGCGUACAGGAACUUUCAUAUUCUCCUAAUAUUUCAUCUCUAUCUUUUGUUUGGUUCAAGUUUAGGCCAGAGGCUUCGUGGGUGGUCUCUCGGUCAACCGGAAUAGCUGCCUAACCAUAUAUUAUUCCAGGGUUCUGUAUUCUUCGAACUCGAACUCCAAACUCUCCCACAUUGUCCAGCAUUCCAAAAUCUCCAACUCGAUCUAGCCGAAAUCACGCGCAGUGAACACUACAAAACAAUUUGGAUGUUCUGGUGUCGCUCAAUUUUCAACGUCUUCACCCCCUUCGCCCUACUCCUCCUGUUAAACUCGUUGACGAUUUCAAACUUGAACAAGUUACAUGUAAAUGGUUUUCAAUCUGUGUUGGUUGAAGUGAGUUAACAUUGGAAAGGUUUAAUUUGUGAUAAGAAAAAACCUGAUUACUUAGAAGUGUCCCACUUCUGCUUUUUGAUGGUGUGUGAUGUUGCAAAAUAACUAUUUUUUGAUUUUUCUUUCAAAAUGAAUUUAGAAACGUUGUCAAUCUAUUGCGACAGCGGCGGCGAUUGAAGCCGCAACUGAUUUCUGCCUUCCAUAUAUCGCUGAUGUCUAUCGACCGCUAAUCAAUAAAUCAUUGAGUUGUUCAUCUUCAUUUGACGUGAGAAGGAUUGCCUCUAUCCCCCUAUAUUUAUAUUUUUCUAUUGUGAUUGUGGCUUUGCAUGCUUUGAAGAUGAUUUUCGCAAUGAGAAUUUAAUUUGCGUGGCAGCCUACUGUAGCUCGCACUUGUGUGCAAACACGGCGACGCACAAAUGCACGGCGCGUUUUUUCCGGCUCAUCGCGAAAAUCAUCUUUAACUUUUCCAAAUUUUAAUACUAACAAAACUUUUUAUAAGGGAAUCCUCCAAAUAAAUGUGAUAUUUUCAGAUGCCAACAUUACUGCGAAGGAAUUCUGAAGCUUGCGCGGCUCGUCGUCGAAAAAGAGAUGCGACUCGCACAUUAGCAGCAUUGAUAACUAUUUAUUUAUUGACGAACACUUUGAACCUAUUGAUUACAAUUAUGGAGUUUAUAAAACCCGAUACUCUUCGGGAACAUGGAGAAGGCUGGACUUAUAAGUUCGUAAAACCCACAAUCCAGAUUUGUAAAUAAUAUUUUUCAGAUACCUGGCAGAUCUCUCAUCAGUUCUAACAAUUUCAUCAACAGCAUUCAGACUUCCAGUAUAUUACCAUUGUAACGGUGACAUCAAAGCGCAAAUCCGCGAUUUUUCUCGAAAUUGUUUUUCAUUGGCUCGUGCGCCUAAUGAAAAGGAUAAAUUGGUGAGUUCAUGUAAGUCAAAUCGAACUUUGCAGGUAAAGAUAGCAAAUUAUUUUUUUUUGCAGAAAAAACUGUCUCUGCCAAUUGGUUCAAUCUCGGACGAAAGUGUUCUAUAG